GGGCUCAUCCUCAGACCUAUACUAAACUCGAGACUCGGUCUUGUCUCAGUGUGUACCUUACGAGAGAAAGGCUGUUUUUUCGUUUUUGUUUUUUUCUCGUCUCAUUUUAGUUCGUUUUUUGGAGUAAAUCGACGAGGAUCCAUCAUGAAGAUCAUCAUUGCAGUAGUCUUCGGUCUCGUGACGAUAGCUCAGGCCCAGUUCAACAAAUUCAACCCUCAGUAUAAUCCUGACUAUUACGGUCGACGGUACGCCAUCCUUCGUCAAACUCAGGAUGCAGCUCCUGACGGAUCUUACGCUUACAGUUACGACACGGAGAAUGGGAUAUCCGUGGCGGAGCAGGGCUCGCCGAGGAAUCUCGGUGGACUUGGACAGGCGGAAGUCGUGAGGGGCCAAUACAGCUACACAGCACCUGACGGUACACCGAUUCAAGUUACUUACACCGCGGACGAGAAUGGUUUUCAAGCUGCUGGUGCUCAUCUACCAACGCCGCCGCCAAUUCCAGCCGCGAUUCAGCGAGCCUUGGCCUACAACGCCGCUCAUCCUGAGGAGGAUCAGUCGGGUCAGCCGUACAGGAGGUACUGAAUAAAGAUCGCGGACUCUGAGACGACCCCUUCCCACCAACAACACCAGACUGACUGAUAACUGUGCGAGCCGACAGGACGAUGGGACGAGCGGGGAAGCGCCAAUAAUUUUUAAAUUAAAAAAAUCCUUGAGAAAUUCAAAUCUCUUUGAAGUAGAAAAGCGAACUGUUAGAAGCGAGUUUAAUGAGAGAAAAAUUAUUUUUCAUCGUUGCCUUUUUCAAAACGUAAAUAUUCGUCGACGAAUUGAAUUCGCGUGAAAAAAUCAUGCUUCGAAUGUUAUUUUUGGCAAUGAGAAAUCCGGUGAGGGUUCAUUCGUUUGUGCACAAGAAUAACGAUUUUAUCAUUGUGUCUCGGCCGGGCAGACGUAACGCAGGACCACGAUUAUCUUUUUUUAUUCUAUUUACAGUGCCAGUUCCAUCCACCGAAACUCUGCUGGCACAGCGGAGUUUCGAGGAUUAUUUUAAGGAUAUCUACAACCACAGUCGCAAUACAAUUUUUUAAGUGACCAUAAGUUUCAAGCGUUUCGAUGUCUUAAUCAAUAAUUGCCUGUGGGGUAACACAAAUAAAGAAUUUUCCAAGUAAAAAACCAAGGAUUUCAAUGAUUCUCAUUUUUCGACGAAGCAAACAUUGGUCUCUGCUAAAUUCUAUCAUUCUUUAUUCUAAAACAUGUGCAAAGAAAUCGACGACUGAAAAAAUCUGAGCUCGCUUUGACUCGACGAAACGCGCGACUGUGAGCUUGAAGUAUCCUUAAAAAUCCUCAAAACAGCUUCUCUCAACACUACGCGAUAUUAUUUUCAUCGUUGAUAAAAAAUAAUUGCCUAUCUUUCUCUCUAAUGUCAUCGCGUAUGUUAAAUUACCUCUCUCUUUGUGCAUUACUCACUUUACAUCAUAUUUCUGAGAUUCCCACGCGAUACAUCCUCUCUCUCUCAUCCGCCUGCGCAUAAAGAAACACUUCACGAGCGUUCGUACACGCCUCUCCUUUCGUUAAAUUGCAUCGACAGGAUCAAAACAGGUGCGAAAAGUUGUGAAUUUUUCGUUCAAUCUCAUGAUUUAUAACGAAAAAUAAAAAUGCAAAAAAUAAAAUAAAAGGCAAAAACGAUUGGUUGACAGAGGCGUCGAUGGUGCGUGUAACAGAAUUACCGAUAUUUUUAUGCAACGAAUACGUGAAAUUUUCGUCCCUCAGGAAAAGUUCACGAUAUUUGAUAGAUCGAAUAGGCGCCCGAUCGAAAAGCUGUAUUAAUCAUAUAUAUUUAAAGGUUGUUACAUAAUCAAAUUUAUUCAUUUAUUCACAUACAAUUUCAUUGCCUUAUAAAUAUAAAUAAAUACGUAUAUAUUCCAUAUCACAAGUGUAAUGAUAAUAAAUUAACGAAUGAUCCAUAAA